AUGUCCACUGCCAGGGCUGGCUGCUCGAUCCGCACGACGCGGGCGCCGUUAGCAACGCCUCGGCCCCAUACGGGGCGCGCAUGGCCCAUGGCCACCUCGGCGAACACCAUCUACGACUCCGCCACCGUAAACGUCUACUAUCGGCAUCCAAGCGGGGCUUCCCCUGCGACCGCGGCGGCGUGCACAUCGGCCGCACAUGCGGCACCGCAGCAACAACAGCGAGCGCCGUCGUCUCGGUAUUCGCCCUCCGCAUCACCGCGCCUCGGCUCAAGCCACAACCGCGGCGUUCUUUUCCGCACGGCACCGCUUGCCUCGGCGGGGCUGCCCUUACCACCGGCAACAGCAGCAGCGCAGCGUGGCAGCUCGCAGCAGCACCCCCUCCCGCCGGCCCCUCCACAAGUCUCCCCACAUCCCGCCAGGCACAACCGCCAGCCGACGUUGUCGCAGCUGCAGCAUAGGUCACUCGUCGACAGCAAUGAUCGGCGCUCCGCUAUAUCGCCAACAGGGCUUCUUAGCAGGCUGAGCGCGUCGGGACAGUCUCACGGAUCACCCGCGCCCUCGUCGCAGCACACGCCAAAGUGCCCGGCCUCAGCAGCGGCACCGUCUUCCUCACCAUCGUUGCAGCCGCCAGUCAGCAGCGGUGUCGCUUCCUUGAUGGGCGGCAGCCAUCACCGCCCACCCGCACCGAGCGCGCCGUGCGGAGUCGAGAACGUGUCGAGGGCCGCGGGGGCCAGGUUAGGGCAUGCCCGCUUGGUGGCGGGGGCCAACUCAUCGCGACCACUAGAGCGGCCGCCACCCACUUCGCAGACGCGCCGGCCCGUCGUUUACGUGGAGCCCAUGGCGGCAAUCGCAGACGCACGACCAGCCCCGCAGUCGCAGCUCGAUACCAACUUGCAGACGCACUUCACCACUCCACGUGCUGCGGCGUCUACGUGGAGGACAAGCAAUGAUGGGAACGCCACUGUCGCCGCCUCACCGCAGCAGCAGCAGCCACAGCCGUCGCUCCCGCUAAACUACUACGCGCUAGAGCCGUCUCUGCAACUUACCCAGCACCGUCACGUACGCCACAUUGUCGUGAGAGACUUCAACAGCGCGCCUUCGUCGUUGCACCCGCAGCAGCAGCCUGUUAUCGUGCUUGUGCCUCAACCCCGCCCGGCACCGCCACAACAAGAGCGGUUACCCCGUCUCUACUCGUCCACGACAAGACCUGCAGGAGGGCCCUCACGCGGCGCCGUCCAAAACAACAUCUACGCCGGCAUGGCUGCAGAAGACACGAGCAGCGGGGCGAGCGAAGUCACCAGCACGCGCAGCAGCCGCACUCGUCAAGUCUUCCGUCGCGCGCCCGUCACAGCGAGCGACAUACCGACGGGCAGCCCGUACGGCGCCAUGCCAACCUACGCGGUCGUGAUGCCGCAGAGAAGCCUUCCAGCUCCCCCAAAAACAGGCGCGUCUGCUGCCUCUGCAGGUCUUCCGCCGCCGUCAGCCCCUGCGGAGGCAGCGCAGCAGCCGCAACACAACUCCAGAUGCCCGCCCAGCAGCAGCCGACCGUCGCCGCAAGAGAGCCGCGACCACGCCGCCAGGGAACAGCCGCUACCACAACCACCACCACAGAAGCGGCCAGCAUUGCCACAGCGCCACCAGCCACAGCGGGCGGAGACUGCCAAGUCACAGCUCCCGCCGCGGAUGCGGCUGCCAGCCGACCCAUUUUACUCGGAGGAGCUGAUCCCAGAGCAGCGACGUGAAGGGGCGUGGGACGGCAACGCGUCUACACAGCAGUCGGGGCACCGAGGCGGCCACUCUGUUCGUGUGCCCUCACAACAGCAGCUGUCGCUGUCGCACGAGGAGGACCUGUCCCUCUCCGCGAUGCUCUCCAGUGCAACGGUAGCGGCCCCGAUAUCGACGAAGACGGACCCCUACGCGGGCCACACCGCGCCAGACGGCGAGCCGCGGCCCCUGCACGUCCCUAUGCCGCCCCCCAUCAUACAACGCCCGUACGCCGCCACGGAGGAAGAGGGGGCGCCCCGCUUCUCCGUCAGGAAGGUGACAGCACCGCAGCGGGAGUCGGAUGCGCCCUCCCCGCGCCACUCUCCCCCUGCGGAGCACACUCUCCUGCACAGUCGUGGUGCCGCUGACGCCGGCGAGGCAGCAGCGAAGGAAACGCGUGAGCAGCUGUCUGCGGCUAAGGAGGCGGUGACGGCGAUGACGACCGCUGGUGUGCAGUCCUCAAAGAAGCCACAACAACUGCAGCAUGAACCCGACGGCUCGCCGAACGGAGACGAUGUCGAUGAGCUCCUUGAGGCCGAUGAUCUUAUCAUGCAGCCUAGCCGUCCACAAUCGUCGCGGCACGGCGCUGCUGUUGGCUCAAGCCCGAUUCAGAGCAUCCACAGCCCGCAGUCGCCCGCGGUCGAGUGCUUCAGCGACGCACCGCGCUCGGUGCACGCCGUCACCGGGUCCGAGACUACCACGGAGCAGCAGCAGCAGCAGCGGCAGCACCCAGAGCCGCAACUGCGCCCAACCUCACUUGGCCGAGGGGCCGUCGCCUCUGCGGAGAGCGAUCGCUGCGCUGCGGAGGAGAAGGCAGAACUGACCCCACCUCCGCCAGCGCAGCUACUGCCAACCGCGAUGGACGAUAUCACGGAGCGGGACGUGGGUGAGCAGUCCAACUACGUGUAUCGUGGCCACAUGAAUAUGACGCUCCCUCAGAAGAUGGAUGCGCCCCGCUGCGGCGGCUCAACAGCCGUGCACGGCGCAACCGAAGGCUUGGAACCGCCGCAGGACGUGGCCGUAGACGUGAUGGGCACGGCAGAGGAGCUCAGAGAAGGCAAGGAGGCGCUCUGCGGUCCGUCGACGGGCGCCGACGUCGGUCCCAAGACGCUGCAGGAGGCCGACGACACGAGCGAACCGACGGGGGCAUCCGCCGCGCCGCUCGUGCUCCGGGAGCGCUACGUCUACGUGGAUCCGCUGGAGGAGGCGAGCAUGGACGCGGCAUACAUGUUGGAUACGCUCGAGCAGCAGUACGUCCGCAUCAACGAAGAGACGAGUGAAGAGAUGGAGGACGUCAUGCACGUCGUCGAGCUCAACCGGUACGACCGGGCCGCGGCGAUGUCGCGCUCUUUUAUGCCGAAGGGUCGGUACCCCGACGUGUUGCCGAUGCUGCGCUACCCCGAGGAUGCGGUGCCUGCGGACGCCUUUGCGGCCACCACGACUGGCAGCCGCUCCCGCCCCGCCUCGUCGCCAUCGGCGGGGAAACUGACGUACUUCCCACUGAGGGAGACCGCCUACCUAAACCUGUGCGCUACGGUGUGGCUAUCCCGCUUCCACACGGCGGAAGCGCGUGGCCUACUGGCGGCGGAAGCGCGUGGCCCGGCGAGCGACGACGACACCGCGGCGAACGGAGCGGACCACGAAGGGGCAUGCCCUUCGUCCGCAGCGGUCGUCUACCACAACCUGGACCACCCCUCUGCAAACCUGCUGGCGGCGCUAGACGGGCGCGUGUCCGCCCAUGUGCAGGCAUUUCUUUCCGAGACGUGCGCCGGUCGCGACGGCGCCGAUCCCUGCAACUACGACGCGGCGUGCGUGCGGCUUAGAGACGAAAACAACAUCGGCUGCCUCCCACACGGGGUGUGGGCGGAGGCCGCGCCGCAGACGCUGUCGUUCGCUGACCACGUGACGAACAUCCUGCUGACGGCCACGGUGCCGCACGAAGCCGAGCGGCGCCGCGCCGAGGCGGCAAGGAAAACGACAGCGGAAGAGGUCGCAGCGCGUCGCACGUGGCUGUACUUCCUGGGCGCCUCUCCGUGGAACUACGAGGUGGUGGCGGCGAACGACGCGUACGCAGCGAUGCCGACGGCGGCCGCACGGCUAGCGUACGCCUUCAUGUACAAGGCGCGGACGCGCAACGUGGACGGCGGCCUUGGCUCGCUGAUGUUUUCGAUGUUGAGCCAGCAGGUGCCGGAGGCGGCGUUCGUGGACUGCCUGCUGAUGCAGGAGAAGCUGCGCCUGGCGCUGCUGCACAGCUGCUCGAACAUCGUUGCCUGCUGCGCGCUGCGGCAGCGGGUACUGCGCACGCCACAAGCGCGCGUGCCGAGCAAGGAGACACCGUCGACGUCGGCCUCGGUAUGGACCAGCCCGGUUCUCUCCCCAUACCUCACGCUGUAUGAGGGCUCCGCGACGCCACCGACGCGGCGGCCGCCGGACGGGGCAUCGGAGCUGUUCCGCCUGGAUAGGCCAGCGGGCGUCGACGAGGAGGCCAGUGGCAAAGACGGUCCCAGCAGCACGGCGCUCUGCCAGCACGACGACAGCCACCCCAAGGAAGAGGCGACGCCAUGCGGUGCGGACGAGCGCGUCGAUCUCUACAGCGUGGCGGUGCAGCUGAACUACUUCUUUCCCACCAAGACGCAGCGCGGUAUGCAUCAGCUGUGCGCCGCGCUCAUUGAGGAUCUGAUUGCGAUGGAUGCGUUACCGGUCCCAGAGCAAGUCGUCACGCCGGAGGGGGUGGUCCUCACGGAUCGCACGUCCAUUGUGGACGCGCUGGUUGUGGAGGGGGCGCAGGCGAUGCAGCACAUCAUCAUGACCCUCAGCGCGCUCCGGAAGGAGGUGCAACCGGAGACGGCCGACAGCUAUCGCACGCUGCGCGGCAGCAUCGACACGGCGGCGGUGUGGGCGACAAUGGAGAAGCGGCUGAUCCUUUUCGACCCUGCCAUCAUGUGCUUCCUCAGCACCCCGGUGCCCGUCAACGACCUCUUCGAGUACGCCGCGACGGACGGCCCGCCCAGCAUGCAGCCUCAGUCGACCGGGCGUAAAAGCUGGCUUGUCGAGGUGCUGCGGCUGCAACACGUGGCGGAGACGGUACAGUACACAAUGGAGAUGCAAGACGCCAUUUUGGUUGCGAGGCAGCUCAACCACCUCGUUGUGUCGGCCCAGCGGCAGAGGGCGCUGGCCGGCAAGCGUGACUCCGGCCAGCAGCACGGCCGCUACUCAACACGGUCCGUCGCUGAGGAGCUUCAGAUGGACGCCGUCGUCGUCGGGCAAAGCAUGGACCAGGUCGUGCGCCGAGCCUCCUCCGCCUCGCUGCUUGGAAUGCUUGGUGCAGGCAACGGUGAGCGGACGGCGGCAGAUGAGCCGUCGCUCGAAGACUUGCUUGAUCCCAACACGAGCCGCGACAGCAGCGACGUAAGCGUGCGCGCCGUCCUCGUCGCCCUCUGCUCCGCUGACCCGGAGAAACCAACGGCGGAGGUGCAGGAGUACUUGCGUCAUCUGCUCGCCCUCUACUUUGAGGUGCGCACACCGGACGGCAAUACCGUCGACAGCGGCGACACGCAGCAGGUCGCCAUGGCCCGCCUCAUGACGGCUGAGAUGGCGACGUGGGACUGGUUCGGGGACACAAUGCAGAACGGGACGCUGCGCGCCGGCGCCGCACCAGCGCACUGCGACAAAAUCCGCGUCAGCGCGGAGGAGCUGGCAUCGCUCUGCCCGCGAGUGCUAGGUCGCCGCGUGGGUGUCGCCAGCACCGUAGUUGCGGAUGCUACCGCGGCCGUCAUCGCCGCCUCGACCACCGAAGCGGUGGAGCCGGCGCCGCGGGCGCACGAUGAAGGGAAUGAUGACGACUCUGUAUUGGUGACCGAGUCGACUCUGCGGCUGCCACAAGACUCGAGGCGUCUAUUCGCACAGGAGAUGUAG